CUCCGGGGGGCUGACCUGGCGGGGAGUGGCAGCGCAGUCCGCUCCCGCGCCGCUUUGUGCGCGCAGCCGCUGGGCCCUCAGCUCCCGGGUCUGCCCCCCGGGACGCCCCCCUGCCCCGCCCCAGUCAUGCAACUCUACCUGCCUUUCCGCUGUGGACCUUUGGGAAGCAGUCGCCCACCCCGGGGGCUCGGGCCCUGACCCUGCCAGGAGCCGGUAGGUGUUCGCCCGGGGCGCGCCCGCGCCCCUCGCGCCCGCCGGGGCCCCGGGCUCCGAAGUUGUGGGGACGAGCGCAAGUUGGAAAGUUCGCCCGAGGGCUGGUGCAGGCUUGGAGCCAGGGGGACGCGCGCAGCCCUCGGAGCCUGAGGGGGCCAGUGACCAAAACCUCCUGCGACUGAGCACAACCAUGGUGCAUCCGGAUUCUCCUCAGAAGUGAGACUUUCCAAAGGACCAAUGACUCUGUUCCUCAUGCCCUUUCAGUUUUUCCUACUCCGUAGCUAUGUCUCGAUCUCGCCAUGCAAGGCCUUCCAAAUUAGUCAGGAGGGAAGAUCUAAACAAAAAGAAAAACAGCCAACUGAAGAAGGGAUCUAAGCCAGCCAACAAAAAUGUGGUGACAGUCAAGACUGUGAGCCCUGGAAAAUUAAAGCAAUUAAUUCAAGAAAGAGGUGUUAAGAAAAAAACAGAACCCAAACUGCCUAUGCCAGUCAGAAGCCUUCUGACAAGAGCUGGAGCAGCACGAAUGAAUUUGGAUAGGACUGAGGUUCUUUUUCAGAACCCAGAGUCCUUAACUUGCAAUGGGUUUACAAUGGCUCUCCGAAGCACCUCUCUUAGCAGGCGACUCUCCCAACCCCCAGCGGUCAUAGCCAAACCCAAGAAAGUUCCACCUCCUAAGAAUCUAGGAAAGCAACAUGAGUGUGAUUAUAAGGUACUUACUGACAUGGGAGUAAAGCAUGCAGAAAGUGAUUCAGUCCCAGUGCAAGACCCCUCAAUCCCUCCUGAUAUAGAGAAUCUAAUUGGCAUACAAAAUGCAUCAUUAAUAAAAGAUGAGAGCCAAGAGACAACCCAGUCUUGGUCCCAAAGUGUGGAGGAUUCCAAAAUAAAUCGCACUACUCAUAGUGGCCCUGCAGCAGAGGUUCUUUCUGGGUCAUUGGAAGGGACACGUGGUGGUGAAGGACUAUUCUCUAGAGAGACAUUGAAUGAUAUCAGUGAUUCCCCUAGAAUGUUUGCUCAGGACAUUCUCUGUGUUCCUUUGCUCCAAAAAGCAGCCCUCAGGGUUACCUCUGAAGGAAACCCCAGCAUUCAGUUAGAAGAUUUGGGUUCACGAGUAGAAUCUCUUAAGCUAUCUGAUUCUUACCUGGAUCCCAUCAAAAGUGAACAUGAUUGCUGCCCCACCUCCAGCUUUAAUAAGGUUGUACCUGAAUUGGACCUUAGAAACUGUUUGACUAUUGGUGGGUCAAUAUAUCCUACCUCAUUAAUAAAACUCCUCUUGGCAGGUUCAGAACAAGAAACCCUUGGUGCUAAACCAGAUCAUCAAGAGGUACUCAAAUCUACCCCAGAUGAACAGGAAGUUCCUGAUACCACCCCUGUCCUAGGACAGGCCUUUAGUGCUGUCCCACAUCAAUGGGAAGUUCCUGGUGCUAACCCAGUUCAUGGAGAGCCUCUGGGUGAGACCCCAGACCCACCAGAGAUUCCUGGUGCUAUUCCAGUCCAAGGAGAGGUCUUUGGUGCUAUAUUAAAUCAACAAGUCCUCGGUAUGGGUGGUGGUACUGCCUCAGACCCCGAUAUCUUUCUUCCUGCUCCUCUUAACCCAAUUGCUACCUGUAAUGCUCUCCCAGAAUGGCCUGAGCCCCAGAGCACUGUUUCAUCUGGGCUUGAGGUCCAGGGCACUCUGCAGAUUUUGCCUUCGGGCUUAGGUCACACUCCUCAACCAUCAUCAAACUCAGAGAUAAGUUCGGUACCUCCCGCAAUGGCUAUAAACAAUAUAGAAAAUAAGAAGGUUCAUAUAAGCUUUCUGCCAGCUAACACUCAGGGGUUCACAAUAGCCCCUGAGAGAGGACUCCACCAUGCUUCACAGGGCAUUGUCCACCUCUCCCAGGCCAGUCGCAGCAAAUUGGAAGGAGGGAGCUCCCAGAUCAGUGCCACCAGCAUGGUUGACAUCAACACCACAGUGGUGUCUAGGCCAGUGUCACUUGUCAGUACCUCCUCUUCUCCUUCCUACACAACUUUGCUACCUACUUUGGAAAAGAAGAAACGAAAGCGAUGUGGGGUCUGUGAGCCCUGCCAGCAGAAGACCAAUUGUGGUGAAUGUACCUACUGCAAGAAUAGAAAGAACAGCCAUCAGAUCUGUAAGAAGAGGAAAUGUGAGGAACUGAAAAAGAAGCCAUCCAUCAUUGUGCCUUUGGAGGUUAUAAAGGAAAACAAGAGGCCCCAGAGGGAAAAGAAGCCCAAAGUUUUAAAGGCAGAUUUUGACAACAAACCAGUAAAUGGCCCCAAGUCAGAAUCCAUGGAAUACAGUAGUUGUGGUCAUGAGGAAGAACAAAGAUUGGAAUUAAAUUCAUGUCCCUUAGAAAAUGUAACUAAAAAUGAAGAAAGUAUGACAGGUAUUGAAGUGGAAAAGUGGACACAAAACAAUAAAUCACACUUAAAUGAUCAUGUUAAAGGAGAAUUUAAUACAAUUAAAACAGAAGCUGAAAAUUUGAAAAGCUCUGAAGAUGACAGGAAAAAAAUCCUACUUACUGACCUCCUUGAACCUCAAAAAUUGUUUGCACAAACUGUAAGAAACGGCAUUAAAAAUGUACACUAUUUGCCAACUGAAACAAAUUUGUCUUUUAAAAAAAUCAACAUUGAAGAACUUGGCAAGGCAUUUGAAAACAAUCCUUAUAAAUUCCUGAAAGACACUGCAAACCAUAACAAUGCCAUGAGCGCCAUUGCUACUAGUGCGAGCUGUGAUCAUCUCAAGGGGAGAAGUAAUGUUUUGGUCAUUCAGAAGCCUGGCUUUAACUGUAAGUCUUUUCCAGAUCCUGCAAACUGCAACUUAAAUAGUCAUACUAGUAUACACAAUGAAAGUGAUCAACCAAAAUCCCUAGAAAUUAUAACAAAUAGAGAACUAAAAGAAGGAUCAACGCUUCAACCAAGUCUUCUAUCCCUAAUGAAAGAUAGGAGAUUAACACUAGAACAAGUAGUGGCCAUAGAAGCUCUUACACAACUUUCAGAAGCCCCAUCAGAAAAUUCCUCACCAUCGAAGUCAGAGAAGGAUGAAGAAACAGAACAGAGAACAGCUAGUUUGCUUAAUAGCUGUAAAGCUAUCCUGUAUUCUGUAAGAAAAGACCUCCAAGACCCAAAUUUACAAGGGGGGCCGCAAAGCCUUCAUCACUGUCCAUCUCUGGAAAAGCAAAGUUCAUGCAACACAUUGGUGUUCAAUGGACAAAAUAUUUCUAAGUCACACAACAGCUCACCUAGUGACCAAGCAUCCACAAAGGCACAGGAGUAUUCAACAGUCACAAAUUCAGUAUCUGUUUUUAUACCAAAUUCAAAUUCAUCUAAAACUGAUACCAAUAAAAAUGUUGCUCAAGGUAGAAUUGCUCUUGACAGUUCCAAAAAUUUGCAUCAGUUGACAACAACAACUAAUAAAUCGGAGUAUUGUAACCAGUCACUGGACAGCAGCAUCAAGUUGGACUCAAAGGAUGAUCCCUCAUGUCAAGAUACAGUUCAUAGUAAGAUAGAAGAAGAUGUUGCUGCACAGUUAACACAACUUGCAUCAAUAAUUAAAUUCAAUUGUAUAAAACCAGAGGACAAAAAAGUUGAAAGUACACCAACAAGCCUUGUUGCAUAUAAUGUACAGCAAAACUAUAGCCAGGAGAAGGGCACAAUAGAGCAUAAACCACCUUCCAGUGCACAAAAUAAUCAAGGACCUUCAGUAACAAAGCAAAAGAACACAAUCCAGAAAAAGACAAAAUCUACCCCAUCAAGAGAUCGACGGAAAAAGAAGCCUGUGAUCAUAAGUUGUCAAGAAAAUGACCAGAAAAAACAGGAACAGUUGGCAUAUGAAUAUAGUAAGUUACAUGACAUUUGGAUAGCAUCUAAAUUUCAAAGAUUUGGUCAAUUUGGUCCACAUGACUUUCCUAUUCUAUUGGGAAAAAUCCCUCCCCUAACCAAAGUAUGGAAACCACUGACUCAAAGGAGCUCAGCAUUAGAACACAAAAAAUUAUUUCCUCCACUCACUCAAAUAAAAUUUGAGCGAUAUUAUCCUGAAUUAGCACAGGAAAAGAUGAAGGUUGAACCCUUGGAUUCUCUCCCCAUAAUCCAGUUAAAAACAGAAUCCAACGGACAGGCGUUUACAGAAAAUGGAUAUGCUCAGGUACAGCCAACAGUGAAUGUCAAUCAGAAAGCUCAUCCUUUACUCCAGCCAUCCUCUCCAACUAACCAGUGUGCUAAUGUGAUGGCUGGCAAUGACCAAACACAGUUCCAACAGGAUGUUAAAGACCAAGUCACACAUCAGAGGCUGCCAACAUUGCCUGGUAUCUCUCAUGAGACCCCUUUACCGGACCCAGCACAAAUUCUCAGGAACCUAAAUGUAGUAUGUUCAGGUGGAAUUACAGUGGUUUCUACCAAAAGUGAAGAGGACGUCUGUUCAUCUAGUGUUGGAGCAUCAGAAUUUUCCCCAAUAGACAGUGCACAGAAAAGUUUUAAUGAUUAUGCGAUGAACUUCUUUACUAAUCCUACGAAAACCCUGGUGUCCACAACAAAAGAUUCUGAAUUGCCUACCUGCAACUGUCUUGAUCGAGUUAUACAAAAAGACAAAGGCCCAUAUUAUACACACCUUGGGGCAGGACCAAGUGUUGCUGCUGUCAGGGAAAUCAUGGAGAAUAGGUAUGGUCAAAAAGGAAACGCAAUAAGGAUAGAAAUAGUAGUGUACACGGGGAAAGAAGGAAAAAGCUCUAAUGGGUGUCCAGUUGCUAAGUGGGUUUUAAGAAGAAGCAGCGAUGAAGAGAAAGUUCUUUGUCUCGUUCGACAGCGUGCAGGCCACCACUGUCCAACAGCUGUAAUGGUGGUGCUCAUCAUGGUAUGGGACGGCAUCCCUCUUCCAAUGGCUGACAAAUUGUACUCGCAGCUUACGGAAAGUCUAAAGUCAUACAAUGGUCAUCCCACAGACCGAAGAUGCACUCUCAAUGAAAAUCGUACCUGUACAUGUCAAGGAAUUGAUCCAGAGACUUGCGGAGCUUCCUUCUCUUUUGGCUGUUCUUGGAGUAUGUAUUUCAAUGGCUGCAAAUUUGGUAGAAGCCCAAGUCCUAGAAGAUUUAGAAUUGAUCCAAGUUCUCCCUUACACCACUACUAUGAAAGAAUUACUAAAGGACGUAAUCCAGAAAGAAGAUAUAUGAAACCGGAACCAAUCUGUCCGGAACACGAGGCCAUGGAAAAAAACCUUGAAGAUAAUUUACAGAGUUUGGCUACAGAAUUAGCUCCAAUUUAUAAGCAGUAUGCUCCAGUUGCUUACCAAAACCAGGUGGCGCUUGAACACGUUGCUCAAGAAUGUCGGCUUGGCAAGAAAGAAGGUCGUCCUUUCUCUGGGGUCACUGCUUGCCUAGACUUCUGUGCCCACCCCCACAGGGAUAUUCACAACAUGAAUAAUGGGAGCACGGUGGUCUGCACUUUAACACGAGAAGAUAACCGCUCAUUUGGUGUUAUUCCUCAAGAUGAGCAGCUGCAUGUACUUCCUCUUUAUAAACUUUCAGACACAGAUGAGUUUGGCUCAAGGGACGGAAUGGAAGCCAAGAUCAAAUCUGGGGCCAUCAUGGUCCUCGCACCCCACCGCAGAAAAAGAACACGAUUUACUCAGCCAGUUCCUCGUUCUGGGAAGAAGAGAGCAGCAAUGAUGACAGAGGUUCUCGCACAUAAGAUAAGGGCUGUGGAAAAGAAAUUUAUUCCUCGAAUCAAGCGGAAGAAUAAUUCAAUGACAAACAACAGUAAGGCUUCAUCGCUGCCACUUUUAGGGAAUAAAACAGAGACUGUGCAACCUGAAAUAAAAAGUGAAACUGAACCCCACCUUAUCUUCAAAGGUUCGGACAACACUAAAACCUACUCACCGACCCCAUCCAUUCCUCACCCAGUGAAAGAGGCAAACUUAGCUCCAGGCUUCUCCUGGUCCCCUAAGACUGCUUCGGUCACAACGGUUCCUUUUAAGAACGAUGCAUCAGUUUCGUACGGGUUUUCAGAAAGAGGUAGCAAUCCCCACUGCACAAUGCCUUCUGCGAGACACAGUGGUGCUAAUGUAGCUGCUGGGGAAUGUGCUGAAAUUGCACAGCCUGGUGAAAUGGUUCCUCUUUCCACCUUGUCUACUCCCAUGACAGAUUCCCUGGGUUAUUCUGAGCCUCCCACUGGUCCAUCUGAGCAGCUAACUUGUAAUCAGCCAAACCAGCAGCCCCCAUUCAUCCCUUCUCCUCAUGAACUUGCUUCUUCUCUGGCGGAAGAAGACGAGCAGCAUUCUGAAGCAGAUGAGCCUCCAUCAGAUGACCCCCUAUCAGACGACCCCCUGUCACCUGCUGAGGAGAAACUGCCCCACAUUGUUGAGUAUUGGUCAGACAGUGAGCACAUCUUCCUGGAUGCCAAUGUUGGUGGGGUGGCCAUAGCGCCCGCCCACGGCUCUGUUCUGAUCGAGUGCGCCAGGCGAGAGCUUCACGCCACGACUCCUGUCGAACACCCCAACCGGAAUCACCCUACACGCCUCUCUCUUGUCUUCUACCAGCACAAAAACCUGAAUAAGCCCCAACACGGUUUCGAACUAAACAAGAUUAAGUUCGAGGCGAAAGAAGCAAAGAAUAAGAAAACUAAAGCCUCCGAGCAGAAAGACCAGGCAGCUAACGAGGGUCCUGAACUGUCCACUGAAGUUAAUGAAUUUAACCAGAUUCCUUCCCACAAAGCGUUGACAUUAACCCAUGACAAUGUUGUCACCGUGUCCCCUUAUGCUCUCACACAUGUUGCGGGGCCCUAUAACCAUUGGGUCUGAAGGCUUUUCUCCCCUUCUUAAUGCCUUUGCGAGUGCAGUGUAUUUUUUCAAGGUGCUCUUAAAAGAAAGUCAUGUUGUCGUUUACUAUAUCUUCAUCUCACCCAUUUGAAGGCUGAGGUAAAACAAAAAAAAAAUGGGGGGUGGGUAUUUCUUAACUGUGACUAUAUUUUGACAAUUGGUAGAAGGUGCACAUUUUAAGCAAAAAUAAAAGUUUUAUAGUUUUAAAUACAUAAAGAGAUGUUUUGGUUAGGUGUUAACCUUGGUAGAAUCACUCAGUUUGGUGCUUUAAAUUGUUUACUAUGAAACGAGUCAAUUUUAGAGGAUUUUAACAGGUUCAUGUGCUAUGAUGUAAAAUUAAGACACGCAGUGUUAACUCUACACAGCUUCUGGUGCUUAACCACAUCGACACAAAAAUAAGCUGAAUUAUUAUUUCAUGGUGCCAUUGUUCUAACAUCUUCCAAUCAUUGCUAGAAACUCGGCAUAUUCCUUUGAAAUAAACCAAUGAAAUGUUUUCUCUCUUAAAAUCUCUCUCCUGUAUAAAAUAAUUCAUUAUUGUUGGUGAUGGUUGGAGGCUGUUCAUAAAUUGUAAAUAUAUAUUUUAAAAGCACUUUCUAUUUUUAAAAGUAACUUGAAAUAGUAUAGUAUAAGAAUCCUAUUGUCUGUUGUUUGUGCAUAUUUGCAUACAAGAGAAAUCAUUUAUUCUUGCUGUGUAGAGUUCCAUCUUGUUACCUGCAAUAUGUAUUCUAAUCAUGUAUAUGGUUUGUGUUUAAAUGAGUCCUUUCUCAUUCAAAGAUUAGCUACUUAUAUAAAAUAGUUAGGUCAUGUAAAAAUGAUUAAUUCUCUCUAAAAUUGGAAUUAGGAAGCAUAUUACCAAUAUUGAUUAACUUUUCUUUGGAACUAAAUAAGAAUGGUCUCUUCUGAUUUAUUGAACAACAAUGGCCCUAAUUUACUUUCACCCCAGCUUUCUCAAUAUAAUCCAUGAAAGGUGUUUCCAAAAGGAGAUGAGACAUAAUAGGAUUCUGAAGAGUCAAAUGCUUCUAAAGUUUCAAGGUGAUAAAAUACAAAAAUUAAGUAGCAAGAACCUUAUCUACCCCAAAUUGCCUUAUUCAUUCUGAAAGUCAUUCUGGUCCAGGAUAAGAAUAAAUUUCCUGUAGAAAUCUUUUGAAAAUAAAUUCCCUAUCAUCAUCAUCACACCCCCCCACACACUGUAAACAAACAGUAGGAAUGGUAUUAUAAGCAUGGUUUGUCCAUUAAGAGCUAAUCCAAAGUAGUUCAUCUAAGUAUAUUGUUCUGGGGAAAUGUUAACUCAUGUUCUUCUAGGUAAUGGGAAAAUAGGCAUUCCAUUUACUUUAGUCCCCCCCCCCCAUUACUUUAUUGACUCAUUUUAUAGCAAAACAAAAGUAAUUGCCCAAACAAAAUGUUUAGAACAAGAAGAAAUUUCAAUGAAAUACUUGAUUCUGUUAAAAUGCAGAGGUGCUAUAACAUUCAAAGUGUCAGAUUCCUUGGGAGUAUGGAAAACCUACUGGUGCUUCUCCCUUGGAAAUGCCAUAGGAAGCCCACAACCGCUAACACUCACAAUUCUGGUGCAAAAGCAAAAGUUCCAACAAGCUCUCUAAAGGAAAACUCAUUGUAACUUAUAUUAAAAUAAUAUAUGGUGCAAAGUAUCAGUUUCAAGCUUUUGACUAAUUUUGAAUAAAGGAAUAUGAAGGGAUUGUAAAUAACAAAAUGUCCAUUGAUAGACUAUCAUCUUGUCAAGUAGAUUUCUGCUUCUUGAAUAUGUAAAAUAGAGUAAUUCAUUGACUUGUUUUAGUAUUUUGUGUGCCUUAGAUUUGUUUUAAAACAUGUAUAUUUUUGUGAGCCUAAGGUUACUUAUACAUAUAAGUAUAUAAAUAAGUGAUUGUUUAUUGUUUCAGCUGCUUCAAUAAGAUAUUACUAGUAUUAGACUAUCAGGAAUACACCCUUGUGAUAUUUUGUUUUAGAAUUUAGGCCUUAGCUCCCACUAGAAAUUAUUUCCUCACCAGAUUUAAUGGAUAAAGUUAUAAGACCCUUUAUCCAUCCACCCAUCUAUCCAUUCUUCCAUUCAAUUUUUAUUGACUGUCCCCCAAAUUUAAGUAUUAGCUUUUGUUUUUCUUUGUCACCACCCAUGACAUAGUAAACUUGAAGAAUUAAAGUCCUAAAAGAUAAUCUAACACAUAUUUUUCAAAAAUAGCAAAUUUCCUUCAAAACAAUCCAUUGUGAUACAUCUGCAGCAAUUCAAAUCAGUUUGUCACCAACUUUAAAUAAAUUCCUGAACAAUCUAAACUUGAAGCACCAAUGUUGACUUAGGGGAAUAUUUGGAUUUGUGAAGUUAGUUGCAAUUUACCAAAACAAGUACAUGAAAAUACCCUAUCUCAACUAAAAUAUUUCCAUUCUGUUAUUGUAAGUAACACCAUGAAUGGCCUGCCUCAACUGAUAACCCCUUGGUGGGACCCACAUAUGAUUCCUUCCUUGUUGAACUCUAUUUCCUAAAUUACACAGUGUACCAUCCCGUUGUUUGCCCUGUGACUUUUUUUUUUUUUUUCAAAGCUCAUGCUUAUUCAGUGUCCUGCAGCAUUGUGAUUGUAUGCUGGCUAUACUGUUUUUAGAAUGCUCUUUCUCAUGAAGCAAGGAAAUAAAUUUGUUUGAAAUGACAUUUUCACUCAGAAAACUGGUCAUCUAACAUUAUUUCUACACUUCUGUUAUGUUUUACUGUACUAUCACCUUUUGUUUUACCCCUUUUAUAGCACUCGUUGGGUUUUCAAUCUUCUGCCUUUGUUCAUGGUAUGAUAAUUGAAUUCAUUGAUACUUGACUCCCAAGUUAGCCCAACCUGUUCAUAGUAGUUACAAAGUUACCAACUAUAAUGAGAGAAUAAUUCCUACCUGUUGUAGAAUCCUACAAAAUGUCAUACUGCCCUUCAAAAUCCUGCUUCUAAUGGAUCUCAGGCCAUCGAUGAAAAGUUUUUCUUGUGCUUGUCAGCCUCACCUACAUCUUUCCAAUUCAUCCACAAAGUACCAAUACAUCAUGUCAUAAACCUGAUUGAAAUAUAUUAUUGGAAAGUGAGGCUAGCUGAAAAUGUUUAACUAUAGGUAAAUUUUUGCAACAUGUUAGCAAAAUGUUUGCAUCUUAAAUAACCUUCCACAACUUUAUUAUGCAAUCUGCAUGUGGAUGAAACAAUUUCAUUUGUUAAAUAUAGAAUUUCAACUAGAUGAGAUUCAUAAGCAAUUAGACAUAACCCCACUGCAUAGUUAAUUGAAUGCAUACCCCUGUGUAAAUGAGAUACUGGCUUAAUUCAUAUGAAGUAACCUACUUUCUAAUGUUACUACUUCAGUGGACUCCUACUGAUUAUCAUUUAUUUCACAAUAGCAUGUAUGAAAAUCACCCCAAUCUAUUUAAAUUAGUCUUCUUAAAACAAAUUAUAUCUUUUAUCUGGAACAAACUUUUGACAUUGCAUGACAACUUCCACUGAAUAUGGGCACAACAUUUCCUUUGAAUGUGCCAAGUAAAUCAGUAGCUGUAUGUGACCUUUAAUAUAUAGCUACCUUCUAUUUCACAACUUCUUGAUGCAUGGAAAUCUUUUUUGUCUAGAUUCAGUACAACUGGGAAUUUUGAUCUUUUGUAGAAAUUUUUGAUGAGAAUUGUGAAAUAAGGUAAUAUAGAGGCCUCUCACAGCCCUGGAAGACACCUUAGAAGACAUACAAUUCAAUCACUGGAGCCCAGACAGCAGAUGUGAGUGUCAAUGUGCAAUUAUGUUUGUAAUUAAAAUUUAAACAGUCAAAUGAAGGCCACUUUGUGGUUAGGAGGACUGUAGGAAAACAGACUUGAUCUGCUCACCCACAGGGGAUUUUAUCGCUGGGAAGUAACCUUAUUUUUGGUACAAGUCAAAAAUAAAAUGGCUUUGAGUUUUUUUCUGAGUGGUUCAGGGAAAGAAUUUAAGUGAAAUUGGAUCAAGAUUUCCCUGCCUGCAGAGUUUUGUGGGCCUUGUGUGGGAAAUCUAGAUGACUUUUACCUAUGAAGCUGUCCUGUUAAUUCAUCUCACAAAAUGUGGCAAUAGUCCUAUUUGCUAUUUCAAUAAACAAAUAUCAAGUACUGAUAGAGUAAAGGUUUUUAUUUCCCCUCGAACAAGUGUUUGGCAUAUAUAAGGAGUCAGAAAAGACUGAAUGGUUGGAAUAAUUGGGGAAAGUAUAUUUCUAUUGUACAUACUCCCUAGCCAUAGUUGUACAGUCUAUUCACACUCUUGCCUAGUUGGCCUCACAGCUAAGUCCCAGCAUAGUUUAUUUUGAUGGGACUAUCCAUGAGUAUUAGAAUAGUUUUGCUUUGCACAGCUCCUAAACUUGCCCAUAAAUGUAUCGAACUUGUGUAACUUCAAUGUCAGUGGUUGUGGCACACUUAACCAAGUGAUAGAAUCAGUGCUCUGAUUUCUGAAGAAGUCUGGAUUUAUCUAAAUCAAAUUAUGCUCCAUGUUGAGCUUUCUUCUAACAGGUUUAGAAAAUGAUGCCAGGAGCAGUCCCUCAGAACUAUCUGAGAGAUUGCCUCCUGGGCUUGAAUUCCUCAGAAAGUCCUCUGAAUAAAACACAAUUCUCAACUUAAAAAAAAAAAAAAAGAUGCCGUCCACGGCUCUGGAAUACAGUUUGGAAAGAAUCAGUAUGUCCUUUAUCAGAAGUGCAAUUUGUGUAUUUUCUUAAAAUGUUUUGAGAAUCAUUGGGAUCUUUGCUUUUCUCUAGUGUAUAAAAUAAGAGUGUAAGUUCCUCUGUUAAUUUUGGAGAUGGUGGAGCUCGCUUUUAUGCAGGACAUCACUUUUCUUGUCCACAGUGAACUCUACAAACUUUAAUUCUCUGCGUUCCAGGACCUGAAUGACUUUGUUUCAAUGCCAGUUUCUUCUGGGCACCCAAUCAAAUACCAUUGUUCGCUUCAAAGGGCAUGAGUUUUGUUCCUUCAAGUAAUCCAAAUGUAUUUCUAAUUUCGCCACUCCUCAUUUUCCCUUCUUCUGUAAGGGCACCAAAAUGUGUUUCUCUUUGGCUAGUAUACAAUGUUUAAUAUUUCCAGCUUUAAAAGUCUAACAUUAAUCUUUUCUUUGUUGGUUGUACUCCUUUCCCAUCCCUACUGUGAUGUCCGUGACCCUGCCUGGGUCAUAAAUUUUCUUCUAGUUUGUUCAGCCAUAGAUGUCCCUUAAAUUAAAGCAAAACUUAGUCUAAGGUGGAAAUGUUAUAUAUUAGUCGAUUUAACCCAUUUAUGUGUGAGUGCAACUUUGGAAACCCUGGGGUAACAGUAUAAACCUAGUUUUCCUAAAAAUUAAAAAAAAAAAAAUUUCCUAGCAGCUGUUAUGAAAGGCAUUCUCUUGUCUCAUUCAUCAGGAAAAAAAUCUCGCAACUGUCAGAAACAUUUUCAUUUUUGGAGAAACUAUAUUGGAAAGUAAAUUGGUUUCUUCUCCAUUUGGCUAGGCGUAAACUUAUCAUCUUUGACUAGAAACUCUGCUUGUUAUUAUUUUUCUUUUCUCAUUUUACUGAAGCUACAAUGUCACUAAGUGUACUUUCAUUCUUUUUACAGUUUUUAAUCCUCUUGAAUUUUCUUUAAAUUAAAACUCUAUUGCUUCCACCCUCUCUGUUCUGUCUCCAUCCCCCAUGUCCCCUACACAAACACACAGGGUUCAUUUUAAGGAUAGCAGUGAUCUGGCUCAGGUUGUCUUUUCCUGUCUUUUAAAAUUGUUUCACCAAUCCUUUUUGGAAUAAUACCAAAAAGAAUUAAAAGCUUUUAUUCAGCCCUUUCAGUUAGAGGCAAAUUCAGUUUUUAGGAACCCCAGGUUAGCAUCAAGUGUUCCCCUUACCUAUCCCAGCAAUGUUUGACCCUCAACUUAUUUAUUAGUGUUUGAGUGUUUUACAAAAAGUUGUGUAAGAAGUUAUAUAUUCUAGCACUCUGUUCGGCUCUGCUAUUUCUGUAUAACGCAUCAUACUAAUUAUCAAUUGUCUGACUGGUGACUUUGAAUUAUCAGGUGUGAUCUAUAGCAGCGGUCCCCAACCUUUUUGGCACCAGGGACCGGCUUCAUGGAAGACAAUU